GUUCUAUUAGCAAAUAAGAUAUGAGUGUAUAGUGACCUUGUUUAAGUCUAUGUGAUUUUGAAAGCGCCUUUUCUUUAACACACAAAGUCGUGCACCCCUAAUGAGUGGACUAUGCCGAGCAGGUUUAACCAAUGGCGUAUUUGUUAUGGUACCAACCCACCAAACAGGCCUGGGAUGUACUUUGACACCCAGCAGCAUGACAUUAGUAACACAGCAGCACAUCCACUCUCUUCAACUUCGCUUCUUUCCACGCUUUUGACGACUGUCAUGGAGUUGAACAAUCUCUCCGCGGUGCUACAUUCUAAGGGAGACCUGAGACUGGAAACGCGACCUGUCCCCAAGCCAGGGCCAAAUGAGGUUUUGCUUCAGAUGCACUCUGUUGGCAUCUGCGGCUCAGACGUCCACUACUGGCAGCACGGCAGAAUCGGAGACUUUGUGCUCACAAAGCCGAUGGUGUUGGGACACGAAGCAGCAGGUCGGGUGAUAAAAGUCGGCUCGGCGGUCAAACACCUUCAAGUGGGCGACCGAGUUGCCAUCGAGCCAGGUGUGCCCAGAGAGACGGAUGAGUUUUUCAAAAAUGGACGCUACAAUUUAUCUCCCACCAUCUUUUUCUGUGCCACCCCGCCCGAUGAUGGCAACCUGUGCAGAUACUACACACACAAUGCCAACUUCUGUUACAAGUUGCCUGAUAAUGUGACAUUUGAGGAGGGUGCUCUGAUCGAACCGCUGUCUGUGGGCAUCCACGCAUGUCGCAGGGCCGGCGUGACCCUCGGCAGUACCGUACUCGUCUGUGGCGCAGGACCAAUUGGCUUAGUCAGUCUGCUUGUGGCCAAAGCAAUGGGAGCUGCACAGGUUGUCAUUACAGAUCUGUUCCCCGAGCGUCUGGCCAUGGCCAAGGAGUUGGGUGCCGACUUCCAGUUGGUGGUGAAGAGAGGGGAUGAACCUAAGCAGUUGGCCAAGAGCGUCGAGGACAUGCUGGGAGCUCAGCUGCACAUCACCAUUGAAUGUAGUGGUGUUGAGAGCAGUAUUCAAACUGCCAUCUAUGCGACACGCUCAGGAGGCGUGGUGGUGCUGGUGGGCCUUGGAUCCGAAAUGACUAAUGUUCCUCUUGUCAACGCGGCCACCAGAGAAGUUGAUAUCAGAGGCGUCUUCCGCUACUGCAACACCUGGCCUAUGGCAAUCGCCAUGUUGGCAUCAGGAAAGGUGAACGUGAAGCCUCUGGUCACCCACCGCUUCCCCCUGGAGCAGGCGGCCCAGGCUUUUGAGACCACACGUCAGGGCCUGGGGAUAAAGGUCAUGUUGAAGUGUGACCAGAAUGACCAGAACCCUUAAAGUAACCAACACACUGCAGUGAAACUAUGGGGGACAGUUAACGGGGGAUUUUAUGUGACCAAUAAUUACCUUGAAUGUAAUUUUACAUCAUGAAAAAAAUAGUGAGAUUGACUUUUUUUUUAAAUUUUGUCUUGAAACACUGAUUUUACACUUUUUAAAAUAUGUUACUUAGUUUGGUACGACGCCACUUGCAUUGCUUAGUUGUUACCAGAAGGGGGAACCAGAGCAUCAAAUUACAAUCUACAUAAACUGUCAAGACUCGUUCCAACUAUUUUACUGAAAAAAACAAACAAAUCAGUGAACCAUUUACAUUUUUAUCAUUUUGUAAAAAAGGUUAAAGCAGUUCAAUAUGUUCAAAAGAUGGAUGGAUGGACUUUGUGAAGAUGACAAAAUGAAAGCAUCCUGCAGCAAUAAACCAUAUAAACACCCCCUCUUCCAAAUAAUACCAUCAACAUUAUUCUAUUACACAUUGCUUUAACAUGUCAAUAUUUUUUGCCUUGAUUGCUGUCACACUCAAGGGUGGAGUAAUUGAUUGGAAUAUUAUUCAUAUUGUAUUUGGACUGUGUGAAGUAGAAUACAGCAUGAAAUGUGCCUAAAAUGUAUACAUGAGAUAUUCUUAAUUACUUUAAUUCCAAUGCAAUUCAGGUUUGUAUCUUAAAGAGCUGAAUAGACUACUGUAGUGGCAUAUUUAUAAAUUGUUUAUUCUUGUAAGCAUUAAUAGAGCCUUUAUGAUGCCAUGAGCACAAUGGCCCCUUAACAACAAACACACACAUUUUCCUGCAACCUUGACAUGGUAACAAUGUAUUUGAACCCUUUUUGUGUAUAGUAUUUAAGUAAAAUUUAUUUUCUAUAUACAUCAUAAACCCCACCCAUGUAUCCCAUCAAUAAACCAUAUAAACACCCCCUCUUCCAAAUAAUACCAUCAACAUUAUUCUAUUACACAUUGCUUUAACAUGUCAAUAUUUUUUGCCUUGAUUGCUGUCACACUCAAGGGUGGAGUAAUUGAUUGGAAUAUUAUUCAUAUUGUAUUUGGACUGUGUGAAGUAGAAUACAGCAUGAAAUGUGCCUAAAAUGUAUACAUGAGAUAUUCUUAAUUACUUUAAUUCCAAUGCAAUUCAGGUUUGUAUCUUAAAGAGCUGAAUAGACUACUGUAGUGGCAUAUUUAUAAAUUGUUUAUUCUUGUAAGCAUUAAUGGAGCCUUUAUGAUGCCAUGAGCACAAUGGCCCCUUAACAACAAACACACACAUUUUCCUGCAACCUUGACAUGGUAACAAUGUAUUUGAACCCUUUUUGUGUAUAGUAUUUAAGUAAAAUGUAUCUUCUUUAUACAUCAUAAACCCCACCCAUGUAUCCCAUCAACUAUGCAUUUUUAGAAGCAAAAUAAUAUCAUCUUAAUUAAAUAAUUGUUGGUAGUUUUAAGAAUAGUUUGAUUCCUCCAAAUUAAUAUAUAUGUGAAGCUUAGGAGAGUCCAUGUCAGAGGUAACCAUAGAGUUGUUGUUGUUUUUUUGUGAUACUCUCAGGUUUUGCUGAAUUCUUAGUUUGCCAUUGAUACAUUAUACAAGUUUAUACAAAUAGGAGGGCUGACAUUGAUUUUAAUCAC